AUGGAAUUCGCCAUGCCCCUCGAAGAGCGUCUGUCGCUUCGCCAAGAACUCAUAGACUCAAACGACAAAUUCAUCCUCGAUCUUCCCAAAGUCGAACUCCACGUCCAUAUCGAGGGCACUUUAACCCCCGAGCUUCGCUGGAAUCUCGCCAAGCGCAAUAAACAGAUCCUCAAGCUCGAACGCACUGGAACUGUAUACACUAGUCUUGAACAGCUCAGAGCCUCAUACUACAUUAUGGAGGCCCGUCCAGGUCAUCAGAUUGAUAACGCAGAAGAGAGUUUCACCUUCUUCGAGGCUUACUACGGAGGGUUCGAAGUUCUUGUUACUGAAGAGGACUUUUAUGAUCUGGCGAUGAAUUACUUUGAGCAUGUUGCGAGUAUGAAUGUGAGGUAUUCUGAGCCGUUUUUCGAUCCACAGGGUCAUACUAGACGUGGAGUUGCGUUUAAGACUGUGAUGGAUGGCUUCCGUCGGGCGCAGGAAGAGGCUGAGAAAAGACUGAAUGUCAAGUCAAAGUGGAUCAUGUGCUUUCUGCGUGACAUGUCACCAGAGUCAGCGAUGGAGCACUACGAGGCUGUUCUUCCCUACCGGGAUAUGGUCGUCGGAAUCGGUCUUGACUCAGAUGAAAACGAUCGCCCUCCUCUGAUGUUUGAAGAAGUGUACAAGAAGGCUAGAAAAGAUGGCUUCCGCAUCACUGCGCACUGCGACGUUGGGAACAAAGACGCGCAUAAACAUAUCCGCCAAGUCGUCACUGAGCUCGGUGAGAGAGGUGCAGACCUUCUCGACCACGGCAUCAACGCCGCACAAGACCCAGAAAUCAUGCGUCGCAUCAAAGAGAGAGGUAUUGGAAUGACGCUCACACCAUGGGGAUAUCUUCGUCACGAGCCUGUCGAUGAGGUUUUCCCCAGAAUUCGUAUCUUGUUUGACGCUGGGAUCCCUAUUGCCAUUGGAAGUGAUGAUCCAGCCUAUAUGGAAGAUACGUGGAUCUUGCAUGAUUGGCUUCUGGUCAAGAAGAUGUGCGAGUUUAGUAAUGAGGACAUGGCGACUUUGGCGAAAAGUGCGAUCGAUAUGUGCUGGGCUCCUGACGAGGUGAAGGAGGAGAUGAGAAGGGAGCUUGAGGGAGUUGUGGCUGAAUACUUAAAAUGA